AGUGUAACUCAAGGACGAGCUAAACGAUUUGUAAUAAUCAGUCUAUUCAAAGCAUUGCUAGGACGAUCGUGCCGCGCAUGCGAGAAAAGAUGAAAAGGAUGUUAUUCCGGCUGACUGGCGUGAAUAUAGCUAUAUUCGCGGUGCGGAUACACCUUGUCUUAGUUCGUGCAUUACCAUGGAGGACUUGGCACCCGAGGAGAACGUUACAUCGUUACGGCAAAACAUUUCUUUUGAUUUCCCCAUAAUGGGACAGAACAUUACUUACGGCCAAGAAGUGUUCCGUAAAUCCGUCGUCAUCGUCGGCGUGCUUUUGAAUUGCCUCGUUUUCUUUGUGGUGAGUUUUUCGCGACAGUUGCGCUAUCCGCGUCAUACUUUUUGGGCUGUUAUUGCCUUCUUCGAAUGUGUCUUUUUGGUCAAAUGCGCACUCGAACUGGCCGUCGUUGUGCAUCACGAUCAUUUGGCGUGUCAAAUUUUAGUUCUUCUGGCACCUGUCGACUACUCAAUCCUGUUGCUUUGCCUUUCAUUGGCUGCACUCGAUCGUUAUUUGGCAAUCGUCCGCUACGAAUGGUACAAGUCCAGCGUGAGCAAUCGAGGAGUCAUCGUUUUGAUUUCUCUAUUGUCCAUAUUGACUUUUAUCGUAAUAACGAGUCCAUUCUGGACUGGCUAUUUUUCCAUUUAUACCUGUACGAACAAUUUGACCCACAUGCAUUGGAUCCUCAUUUGGGACUUGUUUUUGGGCACUGCUGGCGUCAUCCUGCACCUCAUGAUUUUCAUGGAAUCCAAGGCUCUUAUUCAACAGUACUUAGUAAAUCGCCAUCAGGAACCGAUUACCGUCAGAUUCGUCAACUCGGUGGCCCUUCAACACAAUUCUCUUCCUGGAAGAGGAGCAGAACCGUCGCCAUCAGCUGACAGGAUUUUCUUCAAUUUUCCAAAAAAUUCUACUUUGGCUGACAAUGAACAUUCCCGCCAACGUCUCCCUGCUCAUCAACUACCGUCUUCCAUUGAAAACCUUGACAAUGAAUGUUUCCCUUGGAUGUAUCAAGCAGGAUCAAAACUUAAUCGACUUGAAAUACGCGCCGCCCUCAACAUGUCCGUCAACAUCUUGCCGUUUUGGUUGUGUACAUUUCCGGUUUCAUGUAGUGUUGUAGUCCUGUAUUGGUGCAUCCGGCUCGAGGGCGAGUGCGGUAGCAUUUUGCUUCCAUGGCCUUACUUGUGGAAUCUCUUCCUACUCCAUAGCAUCUAUAAUCCGGUUAUGUACAUGGCCACCAGUUCCGAAUUCUGGCGGGCUCUCGUUCACAUAACGAACAAAGUUGCGAUCGCGUUUCAUGUUAAGCUGGCAAGUGGAAUUUGAACGCGUUACCUCCUGUCCAUCUUUCCAAAAGAACGUCAGCUGACGAUUUAUUUUCACGCUUGUUUGUAAAUGUAUCUAGCUGAUAUCGCCCGACUAUUACUGUAACAUUUUCUAAGUUGGGUCGAUAAUCCGGAUCAUUCGGUCUCUUGUCGUGGAAUUCUAAAUAUGAAUGCAUAGUGUCUACUUUUAUCUGGAAGUAUUGUCGCGACUGUUUUACCGGUACGUUUGUAAUAUUUUUGUAUGGAUCACUGAAUUUGACCUAAGAAUCUAGUUCUGAUGACGCUGUUUAGAAGAAGGCCCCGAGAUAAAAGAAUGAUUCCUACUUUAACCUGGUUUUUCAUAGAAAUUUAAAUCCCUCUUUUGGGUUUUCAUUGCAAAAAAAAAAAAAUUUAAGGUACCCAAUCACCAGUUUUCUAGUUCAUUUUGUGUAAUGUUUUUUUUUAUAUUUUCCACUGUGGCACCCACUGCAUAUUAUUUUUUAACAUCAAUGUCGCCCGUUAUGUCAAAUUGUACAAUUAUUGGUCUAAAUAAAGAUUGCGGAAGUUUCCUGAUAGGGA